CCUAUUGAUGACAUUUAUCGAAUUACGAGAAGUGAGAUUCUUAAACCGAUGAAUAAUAAGAUCCUUGAUUGAAUAAGUUAACAAUAAUAUGAUUGUUCAAUAAUAAAAAUUAUUCACUAAUUUUUAGGUUCAUCUGCUUUUGUUGAUCCAAUUGAUGAAAUUCGAAAUUUAGCCAAUAAAAUGAAACAAUCUCUUCGACUUGUUUCAUCAAUUGAUAAAAAACGUAUUAAUCGUUUUAUUAAAAGUAAAAAAGAUUGUUGGUUAAUUAUAACAGACAUAAUUUUAUUCAAUGAUGAUCUUUUACAAAUUCGAGAUUUUAUUUUAUCAUCAAUUAAUGAUAAAAUUUGGCAUAUUUGUAAUGCUUCAUAUGCAUCUAAAGUACUUGUAUGGUUACCUCAACGAUGUUUACAAGUUUAUUUACGUGAUUCAAUUCAACCAUCUCUUCAUCCUCGUUUACAACAAAAAAUUUUAUCAAAAAAAAAAUUACAAAUUUAUAAAAACAAAUUGAACAAAUUCUUAAAAUUCAUAGUUAUCUUAUCACAAAAAAGUUUUAUUGAAAAUGAUAUUUAUAUUGAUUUAAAACAUUAUUUUGAUACAAACCAAGUGAAUAUGAUUAAUUAUAGAAAUUAUAUUCAAUAUGAAAAUGAACAAAUAUUGAUUAAUUAUAUAAAACCAGUAAAUUAUGUUUUACUUCUUAUUUUUUAUUUAUUUUAUUUUAUAUUUGGAGUAUUGAUUCAUUAA